CCUACCCUAUGCUACAACACAUGUUCGUUUCUCUUCCCCCCUAACAUGUCGCAUCCCUCCUUGCGCAUGCGCAUCCUACGCCAUACCUCCCCAGGAUUGCGAUUGCGGCUCAAGCCCCCGACGUCGCGACCUGUCCCCUCAUUCCGGAAGGUUGGUCGAGUGUCACUUCAGACCUCACGCGCCGUGUCGACGUCCACAUCCACAUCCACACCCGCUACAACUGGCGAUGCGAGCUCCCUGGUAGCAAGAUUCCGAUCCCUCUUCUGGGGCACAUCCCUCUCCUUCUUCGCCGUCUUCGCCUACCUCUAUGCCACCGACACUCGAGCCGGUCUCCAUCAAUGGCUGGUCCCGCCUGCGAUACGACUGAUGUAUCCCGACGCAGAGGAGGCACAUCAUGCCGGCACCCUCAUCCUCAAGACGCUGUAUUCCUUCGGCCUCCACCCCCGCGAACGAAACUCCAAGGCCCGCGAUGCGGAAGGAGUAGAUUUGGGUGUCGUGGUGUUCGGGCAGAAGCUACAGAACCCAAUUGGCACUUCGGCGGGUAUCGACAAAUUGGCUGAGUUGCCCGAUCCCUUGAUGGCUCUCGGGCCCGCGAUUGUCGAGGUGGGAGGCGCCACACCAUUUGCUCAGGAGGGAAACCCCAAGCCCAGAGUUUUUCGUCUGCCGGCUCACAGGGCGUUGAUCAAUCGAUAUGGUCUGAAUGGACUGGGAGCGGAUGACAUGGCCAAACGGCUGAGGGAACGAGUCCGUUCUUUCGCAUACAACAAUGGCCUUGGGGCGGGGGAAGAGGCGGUCGAAUCGGUCCUCAAUGGUGGUGCUGGUGUUCCACCUGGAAGCUUGGUCGAGGGAAAGCUGCUGGCGGUUCAAGUAGCAAAGAACAAGGACACCAAGGACGAGGACAUCGAGGCCGUCAAAAGGGACUACGUAUACUGUGUUGAAAGAUUGGCACCUUACGCGGACAUUUUGGUGGUCAAUGUGAGCAGCCCAAAUACUCCAGGUCUGAGAACUCUCCAACGAGUGGAACCCCUCACCCGUAUCCUCGAGGGAGUCGUAGGUGCUGCACGCGCCUCGAAAGGGAAAACCCCGCCAAAGGUCAUGGUCAAGGUUUCUCCUGAUGAGGACGAAGACGAACAGAUGGAGGGUAUCGUGGAGGCUGUGUGGAAAAGUGGUGUUGACGGAGUCAUCGUGGGCAACACUACGAAGCGACGAGAUAACCUCAUUUCAAAAGACAUCAAAUUGACGCCGAAGGAAAAGAGAAUUCUCAACGAGCAAGGCGGCUUCUCUGGCCCACAAAUGUUUGAGCGAACGAAGAGUCUGGUCAAGAGAUACAGAACUUUACUCGACCAAGGACCUCCUCCCGAAGUGACUUCGGAACAUGAGAAGUCUUUGGCUUCUCCGUCUACUCUGUCAGAGAAGGCUAAUGCCGUGAAAGAAUCUGUCAAGAGAUCCGUUGGGGAAUUGGUGGAAAAUGGAAAGCAUGUCCUCCCUACAAGCCACGAACAAAAGGUCAUUUUUGCUACCGGUGGUAUUGCAAAUGGGAAACAGGCACUUGAGGUACUCAAUGCCGGUGCCAAUGUUGCACAAAUCUACACAGCCAUGAUGUAAGUGGCUUCUCCCUUCGCUACCAUCAAAGAUCUAUUUUUCAGUCAUGGUUCUGAUGACGUGGCCCAUUCCCCUAUAUCUUAUUAUGCAAGAUCAUGCUGACUCGAAAUCUCUAGAUAUGGCGGUGCAGGUACAGUUUCCAGAAUCAAAAAAGAAAUGAAGGAAGAGAUCCUUCGCCAGUCAAAAUAGAUUUGCCGAUGUCCCCUAUGUACAUAGAUAGAUCUUAUACAAAACCGAAGAGAAUAUAAUUCUAAC